GCUUCAGACGGACCCACCCAGGUAAAAGGGUCUUGGCCGACUGAUGCCCAGCGCCGGGAGAGACCCAGGCCAGCUCCUCCCCGUCCCGCCCUACCUCCACCUCAUCCUCGGAAAGGGGCACAGGGGUAAAUAGCUGUGUGAAGAGUGGUGAGCAUGUCCUGGAGGAGUUGGAAACAGAAGGGGAGAGGCAGCUGAAAAGCCUCCUUCAGCAUCAACUUGAUACCUCUGUCUCCAUUGAGGAGUAGGUAUUGAUUUUGCAAACAGAUGUGUGUCUAAGAAAGAGAGUUUUGCUCCUGGUACUAUGUACAAGCCCUUUGGGAAGGAAGCAGCUGGGACUAUGACUUUGUCCCAGUUCCAGACACUGCAUGAGAAGGACCAGGAAACUGCUUCUCUUAGGGAACUAGGGCUCAAUGAAACAGAAAUCUUGAUCUGGAAGAGCCAUGUUUCAGGUGAAAAGAGGACAAGACUGAGGGCAACCCCGGAAGCAAUACAGAACCGUCUUCAAGAUAUUGAAGAAAGGAUCUCGGAGCGUCAGCGCAUCCUUUGCCUGCCACAGAGAUUUGCCAAGAGCAAACAGCUGACCCGGCGAGAAAUGGAAAUAGAAAAGUCUUUAUUUCAGGGAGCUGAUCGGCACUCCUUCCUCAAGGCUCUUUAUUACCAAGCAUACCACAAAAAGACAAGUGCAGACAAGUACAUGACCUCAAUGAAGAGGAAGAUAAAAUUAGGCACAAAAGAUGAACCCCAAAAGAAGAACAAAGGUGAUCCCAUGAACAACCUGGAAAGUUUUUACCAAGAGAUGAUAAUGAAAAAACGUCUUGAAGAGUUCCAACUUAUGAGAGGUGAACCCUUUGCUUCCCACUCACUGGUCUCAGCUACAUCAGUGGGAGAUAGUGGCACAGCUGAGAACCCGUCAUUACUCCAGGACAAGGGAAAACAGGCAGCACAGGGUAAAGGUCCCAGUCUCCAUGUGGCAAAAGUUAUUGAUAAUUCACCUGAGCAGUGUUGGACUGGGCCUAAGAAGCUGACGCAGCCAAUAGAAUUUGUCCCAGAAGAUGAGAUCCAGAGAAAUCGUUUGUCAGAGGAAGAGAUCCGAAAAAUUCCUAUGUUUUCUUCAUAUAAUCCAGGGGAGCCAAACAAGGUGUUAUACCUGAAGAACCUUAGCCCUCGGGUGACCGAAAGAGAUCUUGUCUCAUUGUUCGCUCGGUUCCAGGAGAAAAAAGGACCACCAAUUCAAUUCCGAAUGAUGACUGGACGAAUGAGGGGGCAGGCUUUUAUCACCUUUCCCAAUAAGGAGAUAGCAAGGCAAGCAUUAUAUCUAGUAAAUGGAUAUAAACUACGUGGGAAAAUACUGGUGAUAGAAUUUGGAAAGAACAAAAAGCAACGGUCAGACCUCCAGGCCGCUUCUCUCAUAUCAUCUGCUCCAGAUAACACAGCAGAAAUCAGUGGUAGCUAAAAGAUAUAUAGAUGGUGAGUCCCAGGAGGUCUUCCCUGCAUCAGAAUCUUGGAUCUAGAAUUUGUGUAUAGAUAGCAAUUUGUUUGGAUUUGAAGAAGAGAAACUAACUGAGGGAGAGAAAAACUAAGAUAAUCCCUCUCAGUUUCAGAAUGAAUUGGUAGAAAACAUAUUUUAUAAUCAAAGACAAUAUAGGACAGAUAUCUGCCAAGUAUGAAGCAUAGGGUACAAAGAGUAUCAUUUUCUCAGGAUAAAUUACAAAUGAUUAUUUCUAAGGAUUUUUUAAGAUCUUUAUAAUUUAUCUGGGGUCUUCAAUAUUUGUCUGUAAAGAUAACAUUCUUUCCAAGAUUGCCUCCUAUAUGCAGAACUAAAACACUAAUUAAAUGUUGAAAUACUUAUUUACUAGAGCUCAUUUAUCCCUAAUUAUAUCCACCUAGUAAAUAAAUGACCACCCCAGGCCUAAACAUCAACAAAUGCUGUUGAAUGAGAACUAUCAGCAGUGACAAUAUGUAUUUUCAUAAGUCAGUCCACAUAUUUAAUGAAUGCUUCCCCAUAAAGUUAUCAGUGUCUUCAAAAAGCUAUAUAUUUUUCUAAUGAAAGCAUUUAGGUCAAAAUACUGAUGUUCUCAUAGUCAUUUAAGCUAGCUACCAUUGAGUAAUCAUUGAAUUCAAAGCAAUAAACAUUGAAUGACUAUCUAAUAUAUAUUAUAUAUUAGGUAUAUGAAUUUUAGAAGAGGAACAUAUUAGCAAACAAUACUAAAGGAGGGUGGGGAGAAAGCAUUCUCUAGAAGAGAGCCACCCAUUCCCAAAUCCCCCGGUUUGUUUGUAGUUGAUUGAGAAUAGAAAGAAAAUACAUGGAUGAAGUAGUACAAACUUUGGAAUCAGACCUGUGUUUGAACUUAACAGCCACACUUAUCACUUCGUGACCUUGGCAAGUCACUUAAUCUGAGCCUCAGUUUUCUCAUCUAUAAAAUGAGGAUAAUAAUCCUACUUACCUCAUUGGGUUGUAAGUAUUAAAUGAGCUGAUAUUAUUUUGGCUGAAGAACAGGAAGGAAAAAAAUGAAGAAGGUUGAACAGAGAGUAGGACCAUUAAACACUCCAACAUGCUUGUAAUGAGAGGACCAGAAAAAGAGAAGAGAAAGAAAGAAGCAGAAAAAAUAUUCCAAUAAAUAAUGGAUGUCAAUGUCCCACAUCCAAGAAUUUCAACAAAUGCCAAGUAGGAUAAAGAAGAAAUCCACAGACACAUCAUAAUAAAAGUGCUAAAACUCAAAGACAGAGAAACUUGAAAGUAACAGGAGAAAAAUGAAGCAUCAUUUACAAGAGAACCCCAAUCAGAUUAACAGCUGACUUCUCAUCAGAAACAAUGGAGGUGGCAGUGGAAUAACAUAUUCAAAGUGCUCAAAGAAAACAACUGUCAGUAUAGAAUCCUAUAUCCAAUAAAGCUGUGUUUUAAAAAAUGAAGAUAAAAUGUAAGUCUUCCCACAUAAUCAUAAACUGUUGUUGCUGGCAGACCUGACUUACAGGAAACAUUAAAGGAAGUUCUUCAGGCAGAAAGCAGUGACCUCAGAUAAUAAUUUAAAUCUACAUAUAUAGGAAAGUAGCACAGGUAAAAGUAAUUGCAUAAUAAGAAGAGACAGUCUAAAUGCAUUUUUCUUCUCUUAAUUGAUUUAAAAAGUAAUUUUAUAAAGCAAUAUGUACAUAGUUGCAUUGUUGGGUUUAUAACAUAUAAAAAUGCAGUAUAUUUGCCAAUAAUAGGACAUAGGAGGUGGGUGGAGGCAAAGCUGUAUUGGACUAUAGAAAUGACUCCAGAUGGUAACUCAAAUCUACAGGAACAAGUGAAGAAAACAAGAAGUGGGAAAUAAGACAGUUAAUAUAAAAAAGCAUCAGAUAUUUAUUUGCUCUUCUUUCUUCUCUGAGCUUCUUUAAAACACAUAAAAUUAUACCAAGUAAUAAUUAUAACAGUGUAUUGUUGGGUUAAUAAUGUGUAGACAUAAUAUGUGUAACAAUAAUAGUACAAAAAAGUGGGGGAAGAAAUAAGUUUAUAUGGGAAUAAGUUGUUUAUAUAAUUGGAAUUAAGUUUGUAUUUAUCUGAAGCCAAUUCAGUUAAGAUUUGUAUGGUAAACCCUAGAGCAACCACUACGAAACUAACUUAAAAUAUAUAGUGAAAAUAUUAUUAAAAGAAAUUUAAAUUUCAUUAGAAAUUUAAUUUCAUUAAAAUUUCAUUAGAAAAUAUUCAGUACAAAAGGAUGAAUAGAGAAACAAAGACAAACUCCAGAGAUAUAUAGGAAACAAACAGUAAAAUGGCAGUCUUAAGUCCACCUAUAUUAAUAAUAACAAUAAAUAUGAAUGGAUUAAACCAAUCAAAGACAGAGAGUGUCAGACUGGGAAAAACAAGCAAGAUUCACCUCUAUGCUAUUUGUUGGAGUCACACUUUAUUUUUAAAGACACAAACAGAUUGAAGGUAAAAGGAUAGAAAAACAUAGCAGUCAAAUGGCAACUGUAAGAAAGCUGGAGUGGCUAUACUAAUAUCAGAUAAUAGACUUUAAAACAAAAAAUGUCAUUAGACAUAAAGAGUGACAUCUUAUAAUGAUAAGAGAAUCAACCCAUCAGAAAGAUAGAGCAAAAUUAUAUAUGCAUCUAACAGCAGAGCACCAAAAUACAUGAAUCAAAAACUGAAUUAAAUGAAGGGAAAAACCCACAAGUCUACAAUAAGAGUUGGGGUAUUCAGUAUCCCAUUUUCAUUAAUAGAACAAUGAGAUAAUAAACAAGGAAAUAGAAGACUUGAACAGUGCCAUAAUGAACUAGACCUUAAAGUGAUCUAUAAAACACUUUACCCAGCACGAAUGGAAUGCAUAUUCUUCUUAAGGGCACAUGAAAUAGUUCCAGAAUAGAUCAUAUCAUAGACCAUAAAACAAACCUCAGUAAAUUUAAGUGGACUGAAAUCAUGCAAGGUAUGUUUUCUGACUCCUUGGAAUAGAGUUAGAAAUCAAUAACAGAAAGUUGAAGGACUCAUAAACAUGAAUUAGACACACUUUUAAAUGACUGAUGGGUCAAAUAAAAAAUCACAAGGGAAAUUAGGAAGUCCUUUGAGAUGAAUGAAAAUGAAGACAUGACAUACCAAAAUGUGGGAUGCACCAAAAGCAAUGCUUGGAGAAAAAUUUAUAAAUACUAAUGCUUAUAUUUAACAAGAAGAAAGAUCACAUAUAAAUAACCUCAUUUUAUGCCUAAGACACUGGGAAAAGAGGAGCAAACUAAACUUAGAGUAAGCAGAAGGAAGAAAAUAAAAAAGAUUAGAUAAAUAAAUGACAGGGAAUACAAAAAGAGUAGAGAAUGUCAAUGAAACUAAUAGUUGGUUCUAUAAAAAAAGAUCAACAAAAGUGACAAACCUUUUGUUAGAUUGACCAGGGAAAAAAGAAGACUCAAAUUACUAGAAUCAGAAGUGAAGGAGGCAACAUUACUACCAACCUUCUAGAAAUAAAAAGUGUUAUGAAGGAGCCCAUGAACAAUUAUAUAACAAUAAAUUAGAUAACUUAGAUGAAAUGGAAAAUUUCCUAGAAACUGACAAACUACUGGAACCAAUGGAAAACAAAAUCUGAAAAUGUCUAUAACAAGUAAAGAGGUUAAUUAAUAACUCUUAAAAAUACCCACAAGAAAAAGCCUAGCCUCGAAUGGCUUCUCAGAUAAAUUCUAGCAAACAUUAAAGAAGAAUUAAUACAAAUUCUUUACAUACUCUUCCAAAAAGUAGAAGGAACACUUCUAAUAUAUGCUACAAACAUGAAAGAACCCUGAAAACAUGCUAAAUGAAAGAAGCCAGUAACAAAAGACUAUAUAAUUAUGUAAUUCCAUUUAUAUGAAGUGUCUAGAAUUGGUAAAUAUAUAGAGACAGUGGAUUAGUGGUUGCUCAGGGCUGGGGGUGAUAGCUGAAUUGUAUGAGGUUUCUUUAGAGGUUGAUUAAAAUGUUCUAAAAUUGACUGUGGUGAAAAUUGUACAACUCUAUGAAUAUACUAUGAAUAAUGAAUUGUAUACCUUAAAUAGGUGAAUUGUAUUUUUAUGAAUUAUAUCUCAGAGUCACCAAAAAAAGAAAUUGGAUACAACCCAACUGUCCAUCAAUAGGAAAAUGAAUAAUAAAUCAUGACACAUUCAUUUAGUGAAAUACUAUACAUCCAUUAAAAUAAUGGUGUAUUAUCUGUGAAUACAUUCUGAUCUGUAUGAUGUACAGAAUUUUGUAUUUAAAAAGCAAGAAAUGGUAUAAUGUGAAUGCAUUUUGUAAACAAAAGCAUUUGUAUAUGUAUGAUACAUGUGUAUAUAGGUAUUUCUGAAUAAAUUUAGGAAAAAGCUGGGAAAUAUAUAUACCAAAUUGUAAACCUUUUAGAAGUAGGAUUAGAUAGUCUGAAAGGGGACUUUUGCUUUAUAAAAUUUUUAAAGUGGUGUGAUUUGGGGCAAUUUUUACUUUUUUCAGUUUUUUUUAAUUAAAAAAAUUUUUUUUAAUACUCUACAAAUGAUUUGGCUUCCAGAAUAUUUGUCAGGCCUGCUCUGAGGAUAUCAUCUAACUGUACUCAGGACAAACUCCCAUUCCUUUGAUAUAGUGCUCACUUAGGAUUAACUCUUCAAUUUUAAAUAUAGUGUGAGGGGAGGAAGUAAGUUAUCCUGGUAUAACCUCUUGUACAUGUUACCCAGGGACAUACUUCUAAGCUGGACUUUUCAGAAGAAACUUAGUCCUGUUGAGUGGAAAAUCUCACUUCUGCCCUUUGCUAGACCUGCAGAUCACUAACAACAGAGGAAAAUAAAAAUGGAGGAUGUCCUUCAACUGGUGCAUAAACAAACUGUAGUAUGUCCAUACAAUAGAAUCCUACUCAGCAAUAAAAACUAUGAUGAACUGUGAUACAUGCAACAACUUGGAUGAAUCUCAAAUGCAUUUUGCUAAGUAAAAGAAGCCAAACUCAAAAGGCUACUUACAGUUUGAUUCCAUUUAUAUGAUAUUCUGGAAAAGGCAAAACUAUAGGAACAGAGAACAAAUCAGUGCAUGUCAGGGGUUAAAAAUGGCAGACUGAUUACAAAAUGGUAGCACAAGGAAUUUGUUUUAAUAAUGGAAAGUUUCUGUGUCUUGAUUAUAGUUACUUGAGUGUAUGCAUUUGUCAAAACUAGAAUUAUAUGCCAGAAAGGAUGAAUUUUACUAUAUGUGAAUUUUUAAAUAAAUGUAAUUUUUAAUGGAGAGAAGUCAUAAAGUAUUGUUCCUAUUCUGUGGUCUUUUAAUUACAUGGAAGACUUAAAGCCACUUAGCUACUAUUCCUUAUUUUCUGCACACAGGUCAGCAGAAAUCAUCAGUUAAAAACAUCUACAUAUACGUACACACACACCCCCACCAUAAAAAAGUCGAAAGACAAACUAGAAAAUAAUUUGCCAUGCACAAGGAGCUAAUUUCCUUAAUAUACAAUAUAUAUAAUUUUCUUAAUAUACAAAAGUCAAUAAUGCAAGAAAAAUAUGGGUAAAAAAGAAAAUUUAUAGAAACAAAUAUAAAUGGCUAAUAAACUAAGAUAAAUAUUCAGAGUAGUAAUAAAAAUUAGGACAAUGAGCUCUCUUUUUAAAAAAAAUUUAGAUUUUUAGGAAAGUUACAAAAAUAGCAAGAGUUACCAUAUAUCCUUCACCCAGCCUCUUUUAAUAUUAACACCUUAUAUAACCAUAGUUAUAAUUAUCAAAAACAGGAAAAUAAUACUACUACAGUACUAUUAAUUAACUCACAGACCUUAUUUGAUUUUUUCCACUUGUGCCACUAAUGUCUUUUUAUGAUCCAGGUGCAAAUCCAGUAUCCCACAUUGCAUUUAUUAUUUAUUGUAGUUAUUUUGUAGAAUGUCCCUAAUUAGGGUUUGUUUCAUGAUUUCCUAUGAUUAGACUGAGAUUAUAUGUUUUUGUUAAGAAUACCAGAGAAGUGAUGUGCCCCCCCCUUUUUUAUAGUUUCAGAGGUAGAAUUUAGUGUUCAUCAGUUGCAUUAACACGCAGUGCUCAUUACAUCAACUGCCCUCCUUAAUGCCCAUCACUCAAUUACCUCAUCCCCCAACCCACCUCCCCCCUCCAGCAAACCUCAGUUUGUUUCCUAGAGUUCAGCAUCUCUUAUGGUUUGCCUCCCUCUCAAUUUUCAUCUUAUUUUUCCUUCCCUUCCCCUAUGUUCAUCUGUUUUGUUUCUUAAAUUCCACAUAUGAGUGAAAUCAUAUGGUAUUUGUCUUCCUCGGACUAAUUUCACUUAGCAUAGUACCCUCUAGUUCCAUCCAUGUCGUUGCAAAUGGCAAGAUUUCAUUCUUUUUGAUGAGUAAUAUUCCAUUGUAUACCAGUUCUUUAUCCAUCCAUCUGUCGAUGGACAUCUGGGCUCUUUCCAAAUUUUGGCUAUUGUGGACAUUGCUGCUAUAAACAUUUGCAUGCAUGUGCCCCUUUAAGUCACUAUGUAUCCUUUGGAUAAAUACCUAGUAGUUCAGUUGCUGGGUUGUAGAGUAACUCUUAUUUUUAACUUUUUGGGGAAACUCCAUACUGUUUUCAAGAGUAGCUGCACCAGUUUGUAUGCCCACCAACAGUGUAAGAGAGGGUUCCCCAUUCUCUGCAUCUUCACCAACAUCUGUUGUUUCCUGAGUUGUUAAUUUUAGCCAUUUUGACAGGUGUGAAGUGGUAUCUCAUUGUGGUUUUGAUUUGUAUUUCUCUGAUGCCUAGUGAUGAGCAGUUUUUCAUGUGUCUGUUGGCCAGUUUUAUGUCUUCUUUGGAGAAAUGUCUGGUCAUGUCUACUGCCCAUUUCUUGACUGGAUUAUUUGUUCUUUGGGUAUUGAGUUUGAUAAGGUCUUUAUAGAUUGUGGAUACUAGCCCUUUAUCUUAUAAGACGUUUGCAAAUAUCUUCUCCCAUUCCGUAGGUUGCCUGUUAGUUUGUUGACUGUUUCCUUUGCUGUGCAAAAGCUGUUUAUCUUGGUGAAGCCCCAAUAGUUCAUUUUUGCUUUUGUUUCCUUUGCCUUUGGAGAUGUGCCUAGCAAGAACUUACUGCAGCUGAGGUAAAAAAUAAAAUGUUGCUGCCUGUGUUCUCCUCUAGGAUUUUGAUGGAUUCAUAUUUAGGUCUUUCACCCAUUUUGGGUUUAUUUUUGUGUAUGGGUUAAGGAAGUGGUCCAGUUUCAUUCUUCUACAUGUGGCUAUCCAAUUUUCCCAACACCGUUUGUUGAAGAGACUGUCUUUUUUCCAUUGGAUAUUCUUUCCUGCUUUGUUGAAGAUUAGUUGACCAUAGAGUUGAGGGUCCAUCUCUGAGUUCUCUAUUCUGUUCCAUUGAUGUAUUUGUUUUUGUGCCAGUGCCAUAUUGUCUUGAAGAUUACAGCUUUGUAAUACAGCUUGAAGUCCAGAAUUGUGAUGCCUCCCCAGCUUUGCUUUCCUUUUACAACAUUCCUUUGGCUAUUCAGGGACUUUUCUGGUUCCAUACAAAUUUUAGCAUUGUUUAUUGCAGCUCUGUGAAAAAUGUUGAUGGAAUUUUGAUAGGGAUUACAUUGAAUAUGUAGAUUGCUUUGGGUAGCAUACACCUUUUAACAAUAUUUUUUCUUCCAAUCCAUGAGCAUGGAAUGUUUUUCCAUUUCUUUGUCUUCCUCAAUUUCAUUCAUAAUUGUUCUAUAGUUUUCAAAGUACAAAUCUUUUACCUCUUUGAUUAGGUUUAUUCCUAGGUAUCUUAGGGUUUUGGUGCAAUUGUAAAUGGAAUAGAUUCCUCGAUUUCUCUUUCUUCUGCCUCAUUGUUAGUGUAUUGAAAUGCAACCGACUUCUAUGCAUUGAUUUUAUAUCCUGCAAUGGCUGAAUUCCUGUAUCAGUUCUAGCGAUUUUUUGCUGGAGUCCUUUGGAUUUUCUACAUAGAGUAUCAUGUCAUCUUUGAAGAGUGAAGGUUUGACUUCUUAUGCUGAUUUGUAUGCCUUUUAUUUCUUUUUGUUGUUUGAUUGCUGAAGCUAGUAAUUCCAGUACUGCGUUGAGCAACAGUGGUGAGGGUGGACAUCCCUGUCGUGUUCCUGACCUUAAUCCCACUUGGUCAUGGUGAAUAAUACUUUUAAUGUACUGUUGGAUCCUAUUGGCUAGUAUUUUGAUGAGAAUUUUUGCAUCCAUGUUCAUCAGGGAUAAUGGCCUAUAAUUCUCCUUUAUAGUGGGGUCUUUGUCUGGUUUUCGAAUCAAGAUAAUGCUGGCCUCAUAGAAGGAGUUUAGAAGUUUUCUUUCCAUUUCUAUUUUUUGGAACAACUUGAGAAGAAUAGGUAUUAACUCUUCUUUAAAUGUUUGGUAGAAUUCCCCUGGGAAGCCAUCUGGCCCUGGACUUUUGUUUGUUGGGAGAUUUUGGAUUACUGAUUUAAUUGCUUUGCUGGUUAUGGGUCUGUUCAAAUUUUCUAUUUCUUCCUGUUUCAGCUUUGGUAAUUUGUAUGUUUCUAGGAAUUUGUCCAUCUUUUCCAGAAUGCCCAGUUUGUUGGCAUAUAAUUGCUCAGAAUAUUCUCUUAUAAUUGUGUUUCUGUGGUGUUGGUUGUGAUCUCUCCUCUUUCAUUCGUGACUUUAUUUAUUUGGUUCCUUUCUCUUUUCGUUAUAAUAAGUCUGGCUUGGGGUUUAUCAAUUUUGUUAAUUCUUUCAAAGAACUAGCUCCUAGUUUCAUUGGUCUCUUCUACUGGUUUUUUUUUUUUUAUUUCUAUAUCAUUGAUUUCUGCUCUAUUCUUUAUUAUUUCUCUUCUCCUGCUGGAUUUAGGCUUUAUUUGCUGUUCUUUUCCCAGCUCCUUUAGGUGUAAGUUUAGGCUGCAUAUUUGAGACUUUUCUUGCUUCUUGAGAAAGGCCUGUAUUGCUAUAUACUUCUCUCUUAGGACCACUUUGCUGUAUCCCAAAGGUUCUGAACUGUCGUGUUUUCAUUUUCACUUUUUUUCCAUGUAGUUUUUCAAAUUCUUUUAUUUCCUGCUUGACCCAAUCAUUCUUUAAUAGAAUGCUUUUUAACCUCCAUGUAUUUGUGUUCCUUCCAAAUUUUUCUUGUGUUUGACAUCAAGUUUUCAAGCAUUGUGGUCUGAAAAUAUGCAUGGUAUAAUCUUAAUUUUUUAUACUAGUUGAGACCUGAUUUGUGACCUAGGAUGUGAUCUAUUCUGGAGAAUGUUCCAUGUGCACUCAAGAAGAAUGUGUAUUCUGCUGCUUUAGGAUGAAAUGCUCUGAAUAUAUCUGUGAAGUCUAUCUGGUCCAAUGUGUUAUUCAAAGCCAUCCUUUCCUUGUUGAUCUUCUGCUUAGAUGAUUUGCUGUGAGUGGGGUGUUAAAAUCCCCUACUAUUAUUGUAGUAUUAUCAAUGAGUUUCUUUAAUUUUGUUAUUAAUUCCUUUAUAUAUUUGGCUGCUCCCAAGUUGGGGCAUAAGUAUUUACAAUUGUUAGACCUUCUCGUUGGAUAGAGCCCUUUAUUAUGAUAUAGUGUUCUUCUUCAUCUCUUAUUACAGUCUUUGUUUUAAAAUCUAGUUUGUCUGAUGUUGGUACGGCUACUCCAGCUUUCUUUUGAUUUCCAUUAGCAUGAUAGAUGGUUCUCCACUGCUCACUUUCAAUCUGGAGGUGUCUUUGUGUCAAAAAAGAGUCUUUUUAAAGCAGCAUAUGGAUGGGUCUUGUUUUUUAUCCAUUCUGAUACCCUAUGUCUUUUUAUUGGAGCAUUUAGUCCAUUUACAUUCAGAAUAAUUAUUUAAGGAUAGGAAUUUAGUGCCUUUGUAUUACCUGUAGAGUCACUGUUUCUAUAGAUUGUUCCUUUCUGGUCUUUGUUAUUUUUGGGCUCUCUCUUUGCUCAAAGGAUCCCCUUUAAUAUUUCUUGCAGGGCUGAUUUAGUGUUCACAAAUUCCUUUAGUUUUUGUCCUAGAUAUUAUCUCUCCUUCUAUUCUGAAUGACAGCCUUGCUGGAUAAAGUAUUCUUGGCUGCAUAUUUUUCCCAUUUAGCAUGUUGAAUAUAUCAUGCCAGUCCUUUCUGGGUGCCAGGUCUCUAUGGACAGGUCUGCUGCAAGACUCAUUUUUCUACCCUUGUAACAGGUUAAGGAUCUCUUGUCCCAAGCUGCUUUCAAGAUUCUUUCUUUAUCUUUGAAAUUUGCAAGCUUCACUAUUAUAUGUCGAGG